AGCUAUAUCCUCAAGCAUUUCGUUGCCAGCAACAUCGUGUUUUCAGAUAAGUCAAUUUUCAGAUAAGUCAAUUUAAAAUUUGUAGAAUAUUUAGCAAUGCAACAGGUGCUGAUGUCACUCCAUUUGAGUGAAUUCCAUUACAGCCCUUAAUGUUAAUAACAUAGAUAUAACAGAACAGCUGGAGUUCGGUUGUUAUCGAUAGCCGAUUGUUACUUUACCGGCUAAAAAUAAUAGUAAACAAUUCUUAAUUUUACAAGAUAACUUGUUUUAAAAGCUACAACAUGGAAGCUCAAUCCUCAGAACACCACAAACGUCUGGAAUACUGCACCACAAGACUGAAAUACCGUCAGGGUCGGGAAUUAAAAGCUGUUAAGGUCUAUACAGUGGCCAGUGAGUCCCGGCAUUUGUUGAUUUUUGGUGUACCCAAAGUAAACCUUCAAGCCGAACUGAAGGCUAAGCUACAGGGAUUUGGCAAACUUCAGUCUUGCAUUUCCAUAACUUCAGAGAUGGCUUCAAAAAUGGAACUGGAAGCCUUUACGGAUGUGUUUGCCGUGAAAUUCGAACGCCUGGAGGUAGCCAGAAGAGCAAAGAAGAUGCUCGAUGCCCGACAGUUCUUCGGCGGCAUUUUGCACAUAUCCUACGCUCCAGAACGGGAAUCCCUCGACGAACUUAGGGAGAAGAUGGUGCAGCGCAGGCAGGAGGUGGCUCUACGCAUCCGAAGGAAUCAAAAGGACCAGCCUCAUGCGUCAAAGAAGAGCCGGGAAGCCAGAUGACUACAGGAUGUUAACGCUUUA